UCUAAUUUGGGCUAAACUUACUGGACAUGCUGUAUGGCCGGCAAUUGUUUUAGACGAAUCUCAUGCGAGUAAACACAAGAGAUUGAACAAAAUUUCUGGGGAAAAGUCUGUGAUUGUACAAUUCUUUGGCACCUAUGAUUUUGCUAGGGUUCCGUGCAAACAAGUUAUCCAAUUCCUCAAGGGCCUUCUUUCGUCCUGUCAUUCAAAGUGCAAGAAACCUAGUUUUGUUCGAGGAUUGGAGGAGGCAAAAGUCUGUUGUAUUCAGAUAUCUUAGUGAACAGCGGCUACCUGAAAGAAUGCAGCAGCUGCGAGAUGGUGUUGACGGUAAUGUUAAAGAUAAUAGAAGCAGGGAGAAUGAAGAUGGUGCUGACUCGGAUGGUGAGUCUAUAAGCCAUGAUGAGAUACUUAAGAAACUUGAUGAUCUCAAAAGCUCUAAAUUGGAAGAUGGAGAGCUGCAAAUAGUAAGCCUCGGAAAGAUUGUCAGAGACUCCAGCAAUUUCCAAAAUGAGAAAUACAUAUGGCCUGAGGGUUAUAGUGCUGUAAGGAAGUUUACAUCUUUUUCAGAUCCAACUGUGCAUACUAUGUAUAAGAUGGAAGUACUGCGUGAUGUUGACUUGAGAACCAGACCUCUAUUUAAAGUUACAGGAGAUAAUGGAGAAGAGUUCAAUGGACCAACUCCAUCAGCUUGCUGGAAUAAAAUUUACAAAAAGAUUAGGAUCGUGCAAAUCAGAAAUAAAGACAAUAAAGCUGAUCAGAAAUUUUCCUCUGGUUCAUAUAUGUUUGGUUUUUCCCACCCAAAAGUUUUCAGACUCAUAAAGGAGAUGUCGCGAUCAGCGGCGAAGUCUUCCCAGUUGGCCUCAAGGAAAAUGAAAAACUCACCUGUUGGUUACAGACCUGUUACAGUAACAUGGAUGGACCUUGACAAGUGCAAUGUGUGCCAUAUGGAUGAGGAGUACGAGAACAAUUUAUUUCUUCAGUGUGACAAAUGCAGAAUGAUGGUUCAUGCUAGAUGCUACGGAGAACUAGAGCCCAGUGAUGGAGUGCUUUGGUUAUGCAACUUAUGCCGUCCUGGAGCACCUGAAUCUCCUCUAUGCUGCCUUUGUCCUGUAGUAGGAGGUGCUAUGAAACCCACCACUGAUGACAGGUGGGCUCAUCUGGCUUGCGCCAUAUGGAUUCCAGAAACAUGUUUAUCAGAUAUUAAAAAAAUGGAACCUAUUGAUGGGAUUGAUCGAAUCAACAAGGAUCGGUGGAAGCUACUUUGCAGCAUCUGUCACGUUUCUCAUGGAGCGUGCAUACAGUGCUCCAACAUUAAUUGUCGUGUGUCAUACCAUCCCCUGUGUGCACGUGCUGCCGGCUUUUGCCUCGAGACUGAGGACAUGGAUAGAGUCCACACAGCUCCUCUCGAUGAGGAUGAUGAGUAUCAGUCCAUUCAGCUUCUUUCUUUCUGUGAGAGACACAUGCCCAAGUCUAAUGAAAAUGUGGCUUCUGACAAACGAAUUGUUCAAAAGGCUAGUGAAGAUGACCAUGCUGAAUAUAUUCCACCUAUAAACCCUAGCGGUUGCGCUCGCACUGAAAUUUAUGAUUACCGGAAGAAGCGGGCAAAAAAUGGACAAGAUGGUCCGUCAUCGAAGCGCUUGUAUGUGGAGAAUGUGCCACAUAUACCAGGUGGGUUCAGCCAUCAUAUGCCCUUGUGGAACAAAACGUCCUCAAAUGAACCUGGUAGUUCCAAGCACUCUGUAGACCUUCUGGAGUUAAGAAGCUUGCAACUAAAGUCAUCUCGCGAGUUUCUUUCAGUUGCUGAUAAGUACAACCACAUGAGGGAGACCUAUAGGAGGAGACUGGCAUAUGGGAAGUCUCGUAUACAUGCUUUUGGUGUCUUCACUAAACUUCCAUAUAAAGCUGGAGACAUGGUGAUUGAGUAUACUGGGGACAUUAUUCGGGGUUCAGUAGCCGACAGAAGAGAACACUUGUCUUACAACAAACUAGUGGGGGCUGGAACUUAUAUGUUCCGGAUUGAUGAUAACCGUGUUUUAGAUGCCACCAAGGCAGGAAGCAUAGCACAUUUGAUUAACCACUCAUGUGAAUCAAACUGCUAUUCAAGAGUAAUUACUGUCAAUGACAACAACCACAUAAUUAUAUUCGCGAAGCGAGACAUCAAUUAUGGUGAAGAACUAACAUAUGAUUACAGAUUUUCUUCAAUUGGUGAACGACUAGCUUGUUUUUGUGGAUCUUCUAGAUGCCGGGGUGUAGUGAAUGACGUUGAGUCUGAAGAAAGAGUAAAAAAACUACAUGUACCCAGCAGUGAAUUGACAGAUUGGAAAGGAGAAUAAAAGAGAAGCUCGUUUUGGUGCACCAUGGAAUCGGGAAGAGCAUGGAAGAUGUUGCCGUGGGUGGUCAUUGCUGAGCUAGAGAUGUCUGUACCUCAUUAUUAUCUUUUGCCCAGAAACUACAGUAUAUUGCUAAAUAGGAUAUGACCAAUAAGGAUUCUCAAUUCUUAAUUUAUUUCUCGUGUCUGUAAAAAGAAAAGGUUUUGCCUCUGAUUGAGAGGUGAUUCCUUUAUCAGUUGGCAGCUAUUUUUUCUUCUUUUAUUGAAAGAAAAACCACAGUUUAGGUAA